AUGUCCGACAUUGAGGACUAUGUACAUUCCCCCUACGAUGACAUCGAGGACAUAUUGGAGGAUGCCGACCCUGCUUUGGAGUUGGCUGACGACCUUGCGGAUCAUUCCAUGCCGAGCCCCGUAUAUCCAGAUGAAAUCGCCGGUUAUGACAUACAGGAGUACUUCAGCGAUUGGGAUUACUAUUCCGACGACUACAUGGAUGAUGAUCCGUCAUUGUUGAAAACCCACCCACAAGACGGCACCGUCCCGGAACAAGCAACGUCGCAGAAGCCCGGAGCCAAAGCCGAGAAGAGAGGGAAAAAGAGGAAAUUGGCGGACCGAUUUAAUGCGCAGCCGUCCGACGAAGAACUGUUGGUCAGAAACAUCCAGGGAACUUUGUGGGCAAAGCCAACAUCGCCCCGGACUCCACCAUAUCGGAAAGAGGAUGCCCCAAACGUUGCCCUCAUGAAGAAUUGGAAGGAGAUUUUCGCCAUCACGGAUAGCGGGUGGGGUCGCGAAAGCGAAAACACAGAAGAUGAGUCGUGGGCGAAGGACAUGAGUCUGGCAGAUAUGGGAUUGAAGACCGUGCACGGAAAGAGAAUGGAUCAAAACGAUGAAGAUGAACCCGGCGGAGACGAGGAAGAGAGUGAAUAUGAGGAGGUGAUGCGGGUGGAUGAGAACGAAGAGGGGGAUGGUGCGAUUGAGACAAAAGAUGGUGACGAUGUGGAAGUUAUCGAGGAUAUAGAACCAGCGCCAGCAGAGGAACCUGUGGACGAUGAGAAACUGCCUCGAAAGCGACGGCGAUUGCAAUCAGAGUCGGCAACAUCGGCAGCCUCAGACUCUGCUCCUGUUAGAAAAGCGGCCACCACACUCAGGAGCGCCGCCCAGCCUCACCCACCCGCCUCGCGGACAGGGGCAAGACUGAAAGAGACAAGACCAAUGGCCUCUACCGACACACAACCACCAGAGCAUGACAAGGACUCCAGAACAAACGGAUCAGCGCCGGCUACGAACAAGAAGAGGAAGGCAACUGAGGAGCCCGAGGAGGCAGGCAUGUCGAGAUCUACCGCGAGCAGUCGUGCGAAGCGGGUGGCAGCGAAUGAGUCCAAGUCGUCUGUUAAGUCGGCGGAUAGUUCACGUCGAACGCGACAGUCGAAAAAAUGA